GACAAAUGGACCCAUUAAUUAGGAACUUAGAAGAAGAGAAAGCAUCUUCUUCCAGAGAAACAAUAUAUAUAAUUCAUUGAAAGAAAGCAAGGCAGUAGGAAAUUUCUUCUUUUUCUUUUUUAUAUAUAUUUUAAGGAAAAAAGAAAUAAUAGCAGAAAAGGAUAAAAGAAUAACAGGGAGAAAGAGGAGAUGGAAGGGGUGAUGUUAAUACUGUUGCUAUGUCUGACGACUGGGGCAAUGUUGGGUGUCCAUGGUGAAGACCCUUACUUGUUUUUCACAUGGAAUAUCACCUACGGUACACUCUCUCCUUUAGGAGUUCCCCAGCAAGUCAUUCUCAUCAACAAUCAAUUUCCUGGACCUGUCAUCAAUUCAACGAGCAACAACAAUGUUGUUAUCAAUGUCUUCAAUAACAUCGAUGAGCCAUUCCUCUUGACAUGGAGCGGUAUUCAACAGAGAAAGAACUCGUGGCAGGAAGGAGUGCCAGGAACCAACUGCCCCAUUCCCCCCGGCAGCAACUACACCUAUCAUUUCCAAGUCAAGGAUCAAAUUGGUAGCUUCAUCUACUAUCCAAGCACCGCCUUGCACAGGGCAUCUGGCGCUUUUGGUGGCCUCCACAUCAAUAGCCGUUUGCUAAUCCCUGUCCCUUAUCCUGAUCCUGAGGAUGACUACACUGUCGUUCUUAACGACUGGUACACCAAGAGCCACAAGUCUCUUAGGACUUUCUUGGAUAGCGGACGCUCGCUCGGUAGACCAGAUGGUGUCCUCAUCAAUGGCAAAAACGCAAAGGGAGACGGCAAGGACGAACCUCUCUUUACCAUGAAACCUGAUAAAACUUACAAGUACAGGGUAUGUAAUGCUGGGAUCAAGACUUCUCUCAACUUCAGGAUCCAAGGCCACGAGAUGAAGCUGGUGGAGAUGGAGGGCUCCCAUGUGGUGCAGAAUGUGUACGAGUCCCUUGACGUGCAUGUCGGUCAAUGCCUUAGCGUGCUUGUGACAGCUAACCAGGCUCCCAAGGACUACUACAUGGUGGCUUCCACUCGAUUCAUGAAGACAGUCCAAACUGCUAAGGGAAUCAUUAGAUACACUAAUGGCAAGGGACCAGCAUCACCUGAGCUCCCUGAAGCACCUGUUGGAUGGGCUUGGUCCCUCAAUCAAUUCCGUUCCUUCCGCUGGAAUCUCACUGCCAGUGCUGCAAGGCCCAACCCUCAGGGUUCUUACCAUUAUGGAUCCAUCAAUAUUACCCGUACUAUCAAACUUGUUAACUCACCUAGCAGAGCAGGGGGCAAGCUUCGGUAUGCUAUCAAUGGUGUUUCCCACACUGAUACAGAGACUCCCCUCAAGCUUGCUGAGUAUUAUGGAAUUGCGGACAAGGUGUUCAAGUAUGAUACCAUUAAGGAUGACCCACCACCAAAGAUUACCGAAGUUGUCACACAACCUAAUGUUCUCAACAUGACAUUCCGUAACUUUGUGGAGAUCAUCUUUGAGAACCCAGAGAAGAGCAUUCAGUCCUGGCACUUGGAUGGAUAUUCCUUCUUCGCAGUAGCCGUGGAGCCUGGCACAUGGACUCCCGAGAAGAGGAAGAACUACAAUCUCCUUGAUGCGGUAAGCAGGACCACUGUCCAGGUAUUUCCCAAAUCUUGGGCAGCCAUCUUCUUGACAUUCGACAACGCUGGAAUGUGGAACAUCAGGUCUGAGGUAUGGGAGAGGACCUAUCUCGGCCAACAACUUUAUGCAAGUGUUAUUUCUCCGGCCCGCUCCUUGAGGGAUGAAUAUAAUAUCCCUGAUAACGCAUUACUUUGUGGCCUCGUCAAAGACUUACCAAAUCCCCCACCUUACAGUGUUUAAACUUGUUCCUACUAAUGCCAUACCUCUUGACACACAGUAAUAGAGAAGGGUGACAAGGGAAGGAUUAAUAUUUGACACGUGAUUGUGCAUCCAGACAGAGUAGAUGAUGGUGCUGAAUAAGAGGGGUUGGUACAACAUUAUAUAAAGUUGCCUGACGAUGUUCGUAUGUAGCCCUUGCCAUCACAUUUUUGUUUCUUCUUAAUUAUAUAAUGAAUUUACAUGUUCCUUUCUUA